AUGGCUGCGUCCACCCCAAAGGUGGAAAAGGUGACGAAACAAGAGACAUUAAAGCUUCUGGAAAAAUGUAAAAAAGAAAGAGACGAUGCGAUACACAGAGAGACCAUGAUGAGGGACAAGCUGAGGCACUACGAGUCCAGGAUAAGGUCAACCGAGGCGCUUAGACACAAACUGAAAAAUAUGUCUCAGGACAACAAGGAUCUGCGUAAAACCGUGAAAACACUAAGGGCCGAUCUGGGGUUGGAAUCGAGUCCAAAGUUCCAAGGGAAAACUACCAGGGAUAUUAUCAACGACCUGCACGAAAAAGAGCGUCAGUGCAGCGCUAUGGUAGAAAGAGCGGGGAAGUUGAGUCGCACGAUUGAUGAACUUACGUCUGAGCUGGCAAACACAGUCACUUCUAAAACUCUUCUGGAAGAAGAGUUAGCAUCCUUGCAGCAGAACCUUAAGGACAUGACCAACAACCAGCGUCGCUUGUUGAAACUUUGGGAGGACAAGAAAGCACAAAGAGAACAACUGUCCCUCCCGGCUAUUGGUCAAAGGCGACCCGUUGUCCAGAAAAGCAUUCAGACCGAGAUGUCCAUCAGUCCGACGCAGAAGCUGCCAACGAAUGCUUUUGAGAUCAAACCAAUUCGCCGGGAGACUGAAAGAAAUAAAUCCACGUUAGAAAAACGCAGUAUUUUACAAAACGGCUCUCAUCGAGAGAAGACAGCUUUAAUGCACUCUGAACCAAAAAGCGUCCCGAAUUCACUGAUGCAACAGACCGGAUUGGAGACCCAUAGCAACAGCUAG